GUAAGAAAAAACACGAUGCCUGAUUGGCUGGAGACCGCAGAGUCCACGCGCAGAAGGCCACGCCCCGAUGCGGUCUCGUUUAUCAUUGCGCAAUGGCGGGAAAGUCCUGCCGUCCUCUCCUUAGGUAACGCAGAUCUGGAGAAGAGGGAUAAUAGCGUCAUCGGUGCAAAUAACCGCGAUUGUAUUCUCCUAUAUAUAACAAUGCCUGUUAAAGAAAACCUAAAGUUAGAAGCACACAUUGACCAUGCUUUAAGAAAAGAAGAGUUUCACUCCCUUGAAGAUUUUUUACAGAAGAAUUCCAGUUCUCAAAAAUGCAGCAAGGAGUUGCUUUUGAAACUUGACCAGCUGAUUUCCAGGGAACUGGAUAAGAAAGAUAUAAGAAAUGUGUCACUAUUGCUCAAUGUUAUUUAUAAGUGUUCCAAAUGUAGGAUUUCCAGGGGUGAAGAAUGGCUCACAACAGCGAUCAGUCAGGGACUUGUAGAAAAGAUGGUAGCGUGGUAUGAAAAGAUCAGAAACAUUUUGAUAUGUGCUGGUAGUGCAAGGAAGGAAGCUUUGCUCACUUUGACUGAAGAUUACUUUGAUGUUCUCAUGGCUGUACAUGAUCACAAUAGUGAGGGUAAAAUACAGAUACUUGGAAACUUUAUUUCUAAAACUUGCUGUUUAGUGGCGGAUGCAUCAAUUGGUACAUUUAUCAAACAGGAGGCCGUGCGUAAACUAAAUCUAAUGCUGGACACAGUCCCUCGCGAGGCCAGGAAAAAACUAAUCUUCACUAAAGAGAUGAUGGCUACUAUGUCAGCUAUGGGUAAACAAAUUUUAGAUGCAGGUGAUUAUGAUUUACAAGUGGCAAUUACAGAAGCUUUGUGCAGAAUGACUUCAGAGGCUGAACGGAAGGAGCUGGCAAGCCAAUGGUUUCCAAUGGAGUUCAUCACCACUACUUUCAAGGGAAUAAAGGACUCAGAAUUUGAAACUGAUUGUAGAAAAUUUCUUAAUCUCGUGAACGGCAUGCUGGGCGAUAAACGAAGGGUGUUUACGUAUCCCUGUAUCUCUGCACAUUUGGAUCAUCACCAGUUCCAGACACCAUGUGAUGAAAAGCUGGAAGACUUUUGGAUUGAUUUCAAUGUUGGAACACAAAGCAUUUCCUUUUAUGUUUCUGCAGAUGACAGCAAUGAGAGUAACCAGUGGGAGACAGUCUGCAUUACUGAAAGUGAGGUGGAUAUGUACAAUGUAGAUGAAAUAAACAACAGGACAUUAUUGACUGUCAGGUUAACUACUUCAGUCACAGUUGGCCGGCUUAAAGGGAGCGAGAUACGUAUAUAUUUUGAUUUAGCAUUAGCUAUACCUGAUGUAGUCAAGAAAGUCUUUGGAACAAGCAAAUGUAAGGGUUUUGUGAAGAAGCAGACUAUAUCAGUUGCAAAAACAGCUGUGCAUAUUGUUUUUGACGAUCCCAGUGGAUCCCAGAUUCUUAUUCCUGAAAGCCAGGGAUCCUUUACUUCUUCAAGGGAAGUGAUUGAUACCAGUGAUGUUGGUAAGACAAAACAAGCUCUUUUAUCUACACCAUCUCUAAACCAGCAAUUUUGCAAGGAGAACAGUUGCAAAGAACUUGACAAGUUGGUCACUCCAGGUCGUAAAGUUUCAGAAGCAUCAAUAAAUAUUUCUGUGGCUUGUGGCUUGAAUAAAGGCAAUUCUUCAGCAUCAAGAAAAUCUGCAACAGAGAGGGGACGAAAAAAAACACCUCUAGAAAUGACCGCCUCAUCUAAAAGAAGCACGCCUCCCAUUAGAAACAUGACCGACUACACAAGACACGCAAAGCAAAUUGCCUCAGUGAAGCAGACAGUCACAGCUUCUGACAAAGGAACAGUCCAUUCCAAUAAAAAAGAAGGGAGCAUUUCAAAGGGAGAUGAGCAAACGGAAAUGGUGCCUGAUACACAAUUUACCACUGGAAACAAUUCUGUUCUAUUGCCUGGUCUCUCAGAAAAAUCUUUGGGUGUAAACAAAAGGAUGUCUACACGUCUGAAAGAGAAAAUUAGUGUGGCUGGUGGUUAUAUAAGUAAUAAAGAUAAAGCAUAUGAUAUUGCAGAUAAACCACAGACCCGUUCUGUAGUCGAGCAUAAAAUGGCUGCACAAAACCCAAAGGCAAAAGUUAUUAGUAAUCAGAAGGCAAAAGCACAGGCUUUAGAUCCAUGUAAAAGCACUAAACAAGAAAAUCACAGGACAGAGGUCAAGGAAAGGACUUCUGAACAACAAACAUGUAAUAACAGCUUCUCAAACACAGAAACGUCCUUUAACAAAAAUAUCCAAAGAUCACGUAUUAAUUUACUCCCUGAGAAACCUGAGAUAGAAAGAACCAAGAGUGAUAUCACAGAAGUAGAAAAGUCCAAGAUCUCCAAAUAUGUAACAAAGGGGAAAGACACAGAGAAAAAUAUGAAUGAAAAAGCCAAAUGUAAAGAUGCAGCUAAAACAUUAGUGAGUAACAUAGGAAACAAAUACUCAAAGGAAGCAGUGACAAGAAAACAAGAAUAUGCAUCCUUUAGGGAAAAUCUUAAAAAGAACAGCAAGCAGACCAACAAGGAAAAAAGUCAGAGUAAAAACACUAAAAAAGGAAGUAAACAGUCAAAUGUUGACAUAGCGGUGAAUGACUGCAGGGACGAUGUUUACAGCUUUUACUCCAAGGGAGGUGAUGAGCCCACCAUAGAGCUUGGGGGCUCAUCAGUAUUUACGUCAAACAAAAUUAUCAAUUUUGAAAUUUCGAGUACAAGGACAUCAUCGAUAAAGAACAGCAAAAGUAAAAAUGAAAGUGAACAGAAGCUUGGAAACCCCCACAAGCAUCUGUUUAGUGACACUGAUACUGACAGAGGAGGUGAUGAUAGCAAGACAGAUAUCAGCUGGUUGCAGAAUAUUGGCAGCAAAAAGAAACAGAACAUUGUUGGCUACAGUAGACAAAAACAAGACAGUCGUCCAAAGAAGAAGACCGUAUCAUGCAAAGCUGCUGCUGGCAUUUUUAAACAAAGCCGGAAGCAAACAGCAAAACAGCACAAGGAAUUGUCUGACAUCGGUUUAGGCAAGAAAGAUGCUGAAGAGACCUGUAAGCAGAGCAAGUUCAAAUGCCCACAGAGAGCAACUGGCAAGAGGAAACAUUCUACCGAGAGCUUUGGUUCUCAGUCAGAGUCUGAGGAGGAGCUCAAGCCACCAAGCAGUAAACAGACCCCUAAACACCUGCAAGGAUUAUUGACAACUAUGCAAAAAAUGAAGAAUGUGGAGUAUCCCAGCCCAUCAAAAAUGCAUAAAAAGUUAUCUAAAAUGGGAGAGGAAACAGUCAGUAAUACAGUAUCUGUGUUUAAGAUGCCUCCAUCACCUGCCUGUUCAAGCCCUGGAUCAGUUGAUCAGAUAAGAUCUGAACAAUAUGAGUCAGAUCCAGAAUUACCAACCAGGCAUUCAACUACUGCUCAUUCAUCCCCCUCACUAUCUGCCUCACCACUAGAAAAACAGACUCCAAAAGAAUCUAUGAACAUUUCACUAGACCUUAAAAAAGUCAACAAGCAGUGGACUGAAUUGAGUGACAAGUCUGCAUCAAAACAGUUCACGCACAAGACUGUAAAACUCGAUGUAGGCAUGGCUGUUCAGGAACAGUUAUCUCCAGCUUAUAGCCCUUUAACACAGGAUGUAGGAAUUUUGGAUUACUCUACUGUAAGUGGAUUAAAUGUUCUAGAGGUAACAGGAAAUGAGUACAAUGACCAGAAUGGGAAGAUUUGCUCACCUGUGACAAAAACAAGAAAAACGGGGGUGCAUACUUUUAAAAAGAAAACGGACAGUAACUGCCCCUCAUUCUAUUCUGGUUCAAGUACAAAAAGAACAUCAAGCUGUGAUAUGUCUUGUGUAAACAUGCAUCAAUCUGGUCCCACAUUAGAUGACACUAUGUCAUACAUCAAACGCAUAAACAAGCAGCGAAGCCACUAUGCUGACAUGAGUACAAAAGGAAUUGACCAUGAAAUCAAGCACAAGAAAAUCAAAUUGUGCCCACGUAAACUGUUUCCCUCUCCGGAUAUGCAGGUACCCAGAGAGCAUCUAUCCAAUGUUUCUGAGAAUAACGCCUCCACAGCGGCCACAGACACCUGGGAUGGGAGCAGUUCUGAUGUUGGCAUGAUGUGCAAGCAAAUCAGCAAUGAGUUUACCAGAAAAAUUCAGAAUCGCUCUCGAAAAAUGGAAUUCUUUACAAAGCAGUCCCUCAAGUCAGUCCAGAAACACAUGACCUUAGUAGAUGAUCAAGUCCGAGAAUGCAGAAUAAUGCGUCUGGAAAAGUUCCAUCAGACAAUACUGGAAGAGAUUGAGGGUUUUGAAAAAGAUUCCCAAGCCUUGAAGCAGAUGGAAAAGGAAUUUGUGAAUUUCUGGAGACAGCAGACACAAGUCUUAAGCUUGUAUCACAAGAAUGAGCAGAGAAGGAUUCACUGUCUGAAGUCUUCAUUUGAAAUGAAUGUUUCUAACAGCACAGACUUUGAGGAAAAGAUUUUCAACUCUGAAAUAAACACUCUGAAGGAAAAUAUGAAGGCAGUUCAGGAACGACUGCUGAAAGAAAUGCAAGAAGAGGAGCUGCUCAGUGUACGGAGAGGACUUCAGUCCCUGUUCAUGCCCAGCACUGGUCCAUUCUAGUUUGUUUCAAUAAGAAUGAGAUUUUAUAUCUUUUAGUUAGUGUGGAAGAUGUACACAGGUUUAGCUACUAAUGUACCUUGUUAGCUAAAUUAUAUCGUUCAUUUGUAAUGUUGGCCACAAUUUUUUGUGCAUUGCAAUUACCUAAUGAAAAGGUCAUUAUUAUGGUGUUUACUUUAAAUUAAAAGUUCCAUACAGGA